AAGUGCAAGGCGUCUCGAAGGACGAAAACUCGAGGAAUAAAAUUACUUGCUCGAGUCACCAACUUGUCGCCGCCGCUCCAGCUUCGCCGGAAUUUCACGAAUUGCCGGUUUCCGAUGAUCGAGGGUGAAUUUGAAAGGAAGCGCCUCGACGAAGGAAACGUGAAACAAACUGGAGAGUUUCACCAUUGGAGGAACGAAUAUUGUCGUUGGUUCCACGUUAUCGCUGGCCCCCCGAGUCCUGCUCGGCUGACCGAGCAGCGCUCGUAUAUCAGCGUAGCUUUUGUUACGACGACGUGCCUUUGUUUUCGCCUUGUUCUCGCGUCUCCGUGUGUUCCAGUGGACCCAGAAUUCACCCGUGUCUCGGUGUCUGAUGCCCCGGUUGCUUUCCCAUCAGCGGAGAUGCUUUCCGACUCGGUGUACAACUACGCGACAACCCGGCGGGGGACCGCCGACCAGGACAGCGACUCCCAGUACGAGGGCCAGGCCCAGCUGCAAAUCACGAGCAUCCAGAAGCCGCGCAACAAGCGCAAAAACUUCAAGCCGAUAAGCAGCCGGAUGGUCGAGGUGUCGGAUGAGUCCGAGAAAGAUGACGAGGAGCUGGAAGCGUUGGAAGAAAGUUCCAGCGAGAUAUUGGAGUACGAGAGGAAGACUAUGCUGUUGCCAGCGGAGGACAGGUCGAAACAGAGGUUGAACAACAACGAGGUGAGCCCUAUGGACCUGUCCGUUGCCACUAGGCCACCGUCCUCUGAGGCUGACGACGACAGCGGUGAUUCACUUAGGCAUAAGUUUAUCCUCGAACAGCUCAGAUCUCAGAAACUGUACUCACCUGGUACCGAGUCGUUGAAAAAUUUAAAAAAGAUAUAUAAAUUCGCGACAAAUUUAAUGGCCGAUACAUUAAUGGUGCAGGCAAGGAGUCCGAAUUCAGAAUCGUCGGAGAAAAGUGGAAGCGGCGUUCUGGAUACCGAAUCGGGGCGAUUAGACGACACUCCGUUCGAGGAUGAUCGAGUGCAGGAUGGCGACGGUGAGACGGAGUGCGAGGAGAGGAAACCCUUCGAAGGAAUGAGGGAGUACGCCGAAUCGACCAUGCAGGAGUUGUUGGCGAUCUACGGCCUGGCGGGAGGAGAAUUGGCCAAGUCAGUGAGCAGACAGCUACCGCCGACCUUUCUGAACCCUCCGACUGGUCAUCAGCCUCACGGUGAGUACUCCUCUCGCUGAUCUUGUUCUUUCCACUUAUGCAUGUAACGAGCCUACUGCUAUUCUACUUUUAGUCUCAUUGAUUUUUUUAACGAAUGGAAUGAAAAUUUUUUUUUCUCUUUUCAAUUGUUAGACUGCGGAUUUUCAUGCGUUUGUGGGGAAAUUUAA